AUGAAGGGGUUUCUGUCACUUAUCAAGGCCGCUGGCCAGACCCUGUGGGAGCACACAGGCUGGGAUAGCACUCGCAAAUAUCUCUUUUCCGUCGUCUUCGUCUCCGUUGUCGCCUCCAAAAUCCUCAAUAUCUACACCCAUUCCUACUAUCUGACCCCGAAUCGUUUCCUCAUUUGGGGCUCGACCUUUUUCCUGCAAGAUGUUAUAUUUCUCCUUGUCGCACGCGCUUUCGCCUGGUCGUUCCAACGGUGGUCGCUCUCGAUCAUGGGCGGCGUAGCCAUCCUUUUUCUUGGUCUAUACGUCUCGCUCCUGGCCGCGGCGACCAUCUCUUUCUACGCCGUUAUGGGCCGCGACUUCCACUGGGGUCCGGCGAUUGGUUUUUUCGGAGACAUGGUAGACGCCAAAGCCCUGGUGCUAGGCAUCUUUGGUGCCAUCUUCUUCGAGAUUGUCAUCUUGGUCGGCUCGUAUUUCGCCACUCCACAUGUAUAUGAGGUUACCGGGGGGUUCGCCAAGGUUUGGUCUUUAUCCGUAUCGGCCCUGCUGCGUUGCGUCUUCCGGAAGAAAAAGCAACAACCUCUCCCAGAUCCAGAAGUCUACGAGCAGAUUGCUUUCGAUGACCAAGAGGAUGAUAAGAGUGACAAUGAGUUCGGAUUACCCAUGGAGCCGCCCCGGCUUCGCAAAAACCCCGGCGGCCACCCUUCUGUGUCCUGGCUGAAGUAUUCCGUCGUCAUUUCGGUCAGCCUGAUUGUCAUUUUACUCAGUUGCGUUCGACCCCGUGAUUGGGGAUAUCGCAUUCUCUCGCGUACCCUCCCUGCCGUGCCCUUCUCAGCCCGCGCGCAUCCAGUUUUUGAGGGCAUCGAAUACCUGCCGGGCGAUUACAGUUGGCUGGAAGACCACACCGCGCUGGACACUCCUCCAGUCCUCGAUUGGUUACCCACUGGUGAGCCGCUGCCCGGCUUCAAGGAUUGGUACUCCCUUCCUUUGAACAAGCGCAAUGAACAGGCUCCCAGGAACUACGUGCCGAUCCAUUACAACCCGGCCAAGGAUCCGCUACACAUACCGAACCUUCAGAACGACAUCCUAGAGCCGCUGCGCGAAGCACUUAGCAGUGGAGAAGUCAAUAUCAAGCACAUUAUCCUCAUGAAGCUGGAGAGUAACCGACAGGACAUGUUCCCUCCCCACGCUGACUCCUACAUGAUACAGCGCGUCAAGGAGACUUACGGCGGUCAGAUCCCCAAAGAAGUUGAGGAUCGAUUGGCCCAUCUCACGCCCAAUGCCGAGAGUUUUACUGGAUUCGACAAUGGAUUCGGUAAAAGUGAUCAAGACCGUCCCAAGCCCCGCGGUGGCCUCAGCGCCAAAAACGCCUACACCAGCGGUACUUUUACACUCAAGAGUAUUACGGGAUCGCACUGCGGUCUAAGCCCACUGGCCGUCGACAUGAACCGUGAGUGGUUGUACGACAUUUACCAACCGUGCCUGCCACAGAUCUUGGACGCAAUGAACCGCCAACCCAACAUCACGAGCGAAACUGAUGAUUGGACCUCUUGGCCGUGGCAUACCAUGUGGAUGCAGUCCGUGAGCGCGGAAUACGACUACAUGAGCCAACUAGUGCCCAUUCUGGGAUUCCAGGAUCAAAUGAACAAGGAGACAAUUGAUCAGGUUGGCGGCGAAUAUGCCCCCGACGAGUCGCAGUUGGUCCCCGAACGUGGCUACAUGGAUAAAGUACUAAAGAAUUAUCUCCGCGACGUGGUUGCUGAUGCCGAGAGAAACCAUAAGCGCCUCUUUCUCGGUCAUCUGACGGGCGCUGUGCACCGUCCUUGGGAUCUUCCGGGUUACCAGUACGAAGAUCUGGUGGCUGAUAAGGGUCAGACGCAGAAUGAUUACUUUAACCGAUACCUGAACAACCUGGUCUACCAGGAUGAAUGGUUGGCCGACAUUCUGAAUAUUCUCCAGGAAGCUGGUGUUGCCGAUGAUACUCUUUUCAUCAUGGUUGGUGACCACGGUGUUUCUCUCCCCAACGACGGCGGCGUCACACCUCACGACAGCCCACACGUCCAAAACGAGCACGUCCCCCUAGUCUUCUCCCACCCCAAACUCCCACAAGUCGAAAUUGAUCUCCCGAUUCAAUCCACCCAAAUCCUCCCAACAAUCCUCGACCUCCUCCUCCAAACUCCGUCCCUCAACCCAGCCUCGCAACAAAUCACCAGAGAUCUCCUCCCCAUGUACCAAGGCCAGUCGCUCAUCCGCCACCUCAUUCCAGAACACAAGCACACGCAAGAAUGGCACAUCACCACCCUCAACACCGGAGGACAAUGGAUUGCCGUGCGCUCCAUGACAAAGCAGUACCGCGUUGUGGUGCCUCUUACCCCGAAUGCGAAGUGGCGGUUUACGAAUCUCGAGGAUGAUCCGUUAGAAAUGCGGGCUAUUAAGGAUUAUGGGAUUCUGUCGCUUGUCAAUGUUGUUAAGAGGAGGUAUGGCGUUGAGGCGGCGGAUUGGUUGGGUGAGGCGGUUCAUGUUGCGAAGUGGUGGAUUGAAGACAAUUAUCGCCGUUGGGGUUAUGAUCCUACUGCGCCGAAGAAUCCUUGA